AUGGACAGUAAAUUUCCAGGCUCGAACCAGGUAGGAUACAGUUACGAGUCUAUAUAUAGGAGACAAGAGCCAGAGAUCGACAAUCAUUCAUCUUUGGGGACCGUGAAGAUGUUACGUAUAUUGAUCGUUGUACUUUUAACGGAUCUGUCGGUCGCCACGGUGUUACCGGAAGUGAUGUCGUACGCGAAAGUGUCGAGGAACGGACAGGAGGAUACGGAGUCGAGGAGCGAUCGGACGUCCUGGAUCACCAGCGAGACGGAAAACGAGGGUAGGAGCGUGAAGAACAUCGCCAUUACAGUGUCCCCUGUCUACGUACCGUCGAAGAUCCCAAAAUUGCAAAACGGCGAAGCUGUCGAUUAUACGUCUGGUUCGAGAUAUUCGACGUUAGACCACGAGCUGCUAGCGAGAUUGAACGGAAACAAGAAGAUCAAGGACAGAUACCACCCGGGGCCGUUUACUUCUUUCAAAAAUAAAGAUCCACCGAAUGACACGAAACAAAGUUCGAGACCUGUCCAGAUGAUUCGUCCGAGUGGUCCACCAAGUGGUCCACCAAGUGGACCAUCAAGUGGACCACCAAGUGGACCACCAAGUGGACCUCCGUCCUCCAGUUCAUUUGACUUUUCCAAGCCGCCAUUUUCGGGCAGUUACAAUUACAAACCGCCGGACUUCAUCAACGACAAGCCGAGUUCGAAGCCGUCGGAGUAUCUGAGCGAUAAACCAAUGUCGAAACCGCCGGAUUAUCUAGCGGACAAACCGAUCUCGAAGCCAUUGUCCAUGAGCGAUUACACAGACUUCGAUACGAACGACAAGCCUCCAGACUCCUACAAGCCGGACGAUACCGAUUAUCCCGAUUUCCCGUCCGAUCCGUCCUAUCCCAGCGACCCAGCCCCGAAACCGAUCGAAUAUUCCGCUCCCCACGAUCAUCCACCGUACGACGACCACAUGUACGACCAUGAUCACGAUUUCCAUCACGAGGUGAUCUACGAUCAUAUACCAGAGUACCACGAUCACACCGAGAAACCGGAGAUGAACGAUCAACGAUUGGACAAACGACCGUAUUCUUACUACUUCAUAGGGAAGAAACUCUGGUACGUUCCGCUGUACUUCAGCAUAUACUUCAUCAUCUACAUCGCGGCAUUGGUGCUGAAGAGCGUGGCCAGACACAAGAUCACGUUUCCGUCCCAUCUCGCUGAGGCGGUUGGACAUUCUCGAUCGCAUGAGGAUGAUGUUGGUUGGUGGGAAUACGGGGGAAGAAUACUGGAGGGAAUUGAGAAUUUCGCGGAAAAGUACGGGAAGACCUCUUAG